AUGGCUGCCCUGACGACGGUCGUGGUGGCGGCGGCGGCCACCGCAGUAGCUGGGGCUGUGGCGGGGGCGGGCGCGGCCCCGGGCACAGGCGUGGGAGCUGCGUCGACGCCGCAACAGAAUGAUGGUACUUUAGGUGGAAUUCGAACUUUUCAGCUUCAAAAUUGGAAGCAGAAAGCUAUUCAGACUAAGAAAGCAGAAUUCAUACGCACAGCUGAAAAAUUUAAAAAUCAAAUUAUUAACUUAGAAAAAGAUAAACACAGUCAUUUCUACAACCAAAAAAAUGACUUCAGAACUGAGCAUAGUAUGCUGGAAGAAUUGGAAAAUAAAUUGAUUAUCAGCAGGAAAACAGAAAGAGCAAAAAUACAGCAACAAUUGGCCAAAAUACAUAACAAUGUAAAGAGACUUCAGCAUCAAUUAAAAGAUGUGAAGCCUACACCUGAUUUUGUUGAGAAGCUCAGAGAAAUGAUGGAAGAAAUUGAAAAUGCGAUUAACACUUUUAAAGAAGAGCAGAGGUUGAUGUAUGAAGAGCUUAUUAAAGAAGAGAAAACAACUAAUAAUGAAUUGAGUGCCAUAUCAAGAAAAAUUGACAUAUGGGCUUUAGGUAAUUCAGAAACACAGCAAGCUUUCAGAGUAAUGGCAAGCAAAGUUCCUGUAGACAAAGUAACGCCAAGUACUCUCCCAGAGGAAGUGGUAGAUUUUGAAAAAUUCCUUCAGCAAACGGGAGGGCGACAAGGAGGCUGGGAUGAUUAUGAUCAUCAGAAUUUUGUAAAAGUGAGAAACAAGUAUAAAGGGAAGCCAGUAUUUAUGGGAGAAGUUCUAGAACACCUUCCUGGAAGAACACAGCAUGAAGUUCAACAGCAUGAGAAAUGGUAUCAAAAAUUUCUGGCUCUAGAAGAAAGAAAAAAAGAGUCUAUUCAAAAUUGGAAAACUAAAAAGCAGCAAAAAAAGAAGGAAAUUUUCAAGUUAAAGGAAAAGGCAGAGGAUAUACCUAUGUUUCAUCAUAAUAAACAAGAUAAUCAAAAGCAAAAAGAGGAAGAAAGAAAAAAACAGAAAUUGGCAAUUGAAGCUUGGAAAAAACAGAAAAGCAUAGAAAUGUCUAUGAAAAAUGCUUCUCAAUUAAAAGAUGAGGAAGAGAGAGGAAAAAAACAGCAGAGAGAGCGUCAAUGCCAGUUUAAACUAAAGUUACUACUAGAAAACUAUACCCAGCAGAAGAAAGAACAGGAAGAAUUUUUGAGGCUUGAAAAGGAGAUAAGAGAAAAGGCAGAAAAAGCAGAAAAAAGGAAAACUGCUGCUGAUGAAAUCUCCAGGUUUCAAGAAAGAGAUUUACAUAAACUUGAACUGAAAAUUUUAGACAGACAGGCAAAGGAAGAUGAAAAGGCAGAAAAACAAAGAAGACGAGCAAAAUUAAAAGAAAAGGUUGAAAACAAUGUUAGUAGAGAUCCUUCUAGGCUUUACAAACCUACCAAAGGUUGGGAAGAACGGACCAAAAAGAUAGGACCAACAGGCUCUGGGCCACUUCUGUAUAUCCCACAUAGGGCUAUUCCAAGCUGGAGACAAGGAUUAUAGAGAAGCAUAUGAGAUAAUGAAACUGGUAUUCAGUUAAUGAGAAUGUUAGCAUACUCAGUUAUGCUGGGAGAUAGGGUGACUAUGUUCUUUAAAUAUCACUAGCCUAGUCAGAUUGAUCAUUAAUUGUGCUUGCAUGUGAAUUGACAGGUACUAAGUUCCUUGCUGGCAUUGUCAUUACUAAAAGGGUAUUUAAUGUAUAUGUUGGCGUAUUGAUAUAAAAGUUUAUGUUACAGACGUUAUUUAAGUGCACAGAACAUUUUGAAGAUUGUUUUGUCAUGACAUAACAAAAUAAAUUGGGACAGUCAUUGAGUGACAUUUUCUAAACCAAAAUUUUUUAAUUUUUAAAACUUGGAGGUAAGUUAGUUUGAAUAACAAAAAUGUAAAGUUUUUUUUUAAGAGUUAUGAAGUACUUUUU